GAAUAUCAGGCUGAGAGCUCCUGGUUACUCGUUGGGGGCAAAAAGCAAAUCGGAACGAAUAAGGAAUUCAAUAACAUUGUGCUGUUACUUCGUCAUCCUAGCUAAAAUUGUGAUGAGAGGCUUGUUGUGUAGGUGACGGACAUGAGAGUUCCAAGCUGGCCAGAUAAAUAUUUAUUCGGCCACAAGAAGAAUGGAGUAAUAAAUCGUCUAAGGAAUGGUUGAUCUUAAAGUGGAGUGACGGCUCGCUGAAGCAUUAGGUAUUGACGGCCACGAAAUCAAUGCUCUAUAAUGUCAGAGGAGGGACCAAGUAAAUUUGUCGUUAGACCUCUGUGAUUGGUCGUUCUGUCCGAGGUGAAUCCAAGCUGCUUAGUCUGAGACCGUUGAGCUGGAGAUUACUCGAUUUGGCCGUGCUUCAGCCGCGGAAAUCAGUGGAGCUGCUCCAAAUACAUCCCACGUCAACUCCAAAUACAUUCGAACUUAUAACACUACUGUCACGCCACAAUGUUGGUAUUUGCAAGGCGCGUCAGUAGAGGACUGUCGUCUAUCUCAGUACACUCCACGUUUGCGAGUUCCCGCGGUCGUUGCAGGAUGGGUACAGUGGCGCACUCGAAUUCUCAUGUGGCUGCCAAAAAACUGAAAGAUGCCGGACUUCUUCUUUCUAGAGCACUGAUUGGAGAUAAAUGGUGCGAUGCCAUCGAUGGUCGUACAUUAAACGUAACCAAUCCUGCAACCGGGGAGCUUCUCACAAGUGUUCCAUUUAUGGGGCGGAAAGAAACAGAGUUGGCCAUCACCGCUGCCCAUGAAGCCUUUCCCGCUUGGAGCCAGAAAACGAACACAGAACGAAGCAAGCUGUUGCGCAAGUGGUUUGAUCUCUUGAUACAAAACAAAGAGGAGCUGGGUCGAUUGAUGACUUUGGAGCAAGGGAAGCCGCUGAAAGAAGCUCUCGGAGAGAUUGUUUAUGCUGCCGGAUUUGUCGAGUUAUAUGCUGAAGAGGCAAAGCGUAUUUAUGGAGAUAUUAUUCCUGCAACAACUCAGGACAAACGUAUAUUUGUCUUGCGGCAGCCUGUUGGUGUGGUUGGAGCAAUAACACCAUGGAAUUUUCCGCUUGCCAUGAUUACAAGGAAGGUAGCACCAGCACUCGCUGCUGGUUGUACAAUUAUUGUCAAACCGUCAGAGUUCACGCCUCUGAGUGCUAUGGCAGCAGCAAAGCUGGCGGUUGAAGCAGGAAUACCUGCAGGCGUUCUGAAUAUCGUGACAGGAGAUGCUCCUCAGAUUGGAGCUGCACUGUUAGAAAGUACCAGGGUCCGUAAAAUCACCUUCACAGGGUCAACUCAAAUCGGGAAGAAGUUGAUGGAAGGCUCUGCGGCGACGGUCAAGAAGGUAUCCUUGGAGCUAGGUGGUAAUGCCCCUUGUAUAAUAUUUGACGACGCCAACAUCGACUUAGCUGUCAAAGGCGCGCUGGCUGCAAAGUACCGGAAUAGCGGCCAGACUUGUGUUUGUGUGAACAGAAUCUUUGUGCAAGACGGGAUCUAUGCGGAGUUUGCGAAGGCCUUUGCGCUAGCUGUCUCCCAACUACAAGUUGGAAAUGGAUUGGACGAAGGCGUUACUCAAGGUCCUUUGAUCAAUCCAGCCGCCGUGGUGAAGGUAGAAUCUCACGUUGAAGAUGCUGUUGCAAAGGGAGCAAAGGUCCUCACCGGGGGUAAAAAGCACAGUUUGGGCCGCACAUUUUACGAGCCCACUGUUUUAGCAGAUGCAACUGUGGAUAUGAGAAUAUUCAGCGAGGAAGUUUUUGGUCCAGUGGCACCUCUCAUCAGGUUCAAAGAUGACAAAGAAGCAGUCGCAAUGGCAAACGACACUGAGUUUGGUCUUGCUUCAUACAUUUUCACGGAGAAUAUUACAAGGGGCUGGCGCAUCGCAGAGGCUUUAGAGUACGGCAUGGUUGGUCUCAAUGAGGGUCUAAUUUCGACGGAGGUGGCUCCUUUUGGUGGUAUGAAGCAAUCUGGGCUUGGUCGGGAGGGCUCAAAGUAUGGUCUUGACGAAUAUCUUGAGAUGAAAUAUUUAUGCCUCGGAAAUAUGUCGCCGCCUUGAUUUUGCCGGCCAGGAACACGAUUUGUAGUUUCUUGAAUUUAAAGAUUCGUUGAUCUUCGACUUCGCCCGUAGGAUCUGAAGUGAUCUCUGUUUAACAAACCCUGGGCUAGGGGCAUAGGAACCUUUUUCUUGAAGCCGAGACGAGCUGCGAUGUAUUGAUUGUUUACGCCUGAUGCUAAAAGUAUUGUAAAGUUAUUCAAAUCAAAGCGCAGAGCUUAAUACCGUUGUGUGAGCAGACUCUUGAGCUUCAAUGGGACCGAGUGCAAAGGAGAGUGGACAUCUUCUGAAUUGCACUUACAAUUUCUUCGUCAAUCAGUAGACUUUGUUGCUGUCUUUGCGAAGGAGCCAUAUUUGAGACAUACCAUGCUUGCUCUGUUUUGUUCCGAGAAGUAGUCCUCCGGCCUUCAACUAAACCGUUAAUAUAAUGGAA